AUGGCUGAUACCGAUCAAUAUCGAAGUCAAUCACAAACUCGUGUAACACCACCACCGCCAAGACGAGAGUCGGAACUCAGAACGGGCUCCGCUCAUCUUCAACAACCACCACAUGCAGGGUCAAACCGAGGUGGCAGUGGUACUAAUCAACGAUACGGCAAUGGAGGUUCUUUCUAUACUAAAACAACAGACGCCGAACAUAGUUUAAAUUUGCUGGAACAUUUAUCUGACGAUUUGGCUAAUUUACUCAAUCGAACAGAUAUUAGUGACUGCUUUCUUAAAGUUGACGGAACUUUUAUGGCUGUUCAUAAAUGUAUUCUUGCUGCUCGUUCAAACGCCUUUGCCGCUGUUAUUUCUGGUAAAUUCAAUCGGCUAGAUCCAAGCACACGAGAACAGUUGGAAACAUUAACAGAAAAAGAAAAACUGGUUAUUGUAAUUGAUAAAACUGACCCUGAAAUCAUGAAACAGGUUGUUGUUUUUAUGUACACUGGGAAAUGUGAACUCAACGAAGGCAACGCAUUUUAUCUUCUCGAAGCUGCUGGUCGCUAUGACAUCAAAGAUUUAAAAGUACAUACAGGUCGAUUUCUUGUUAAUCGCAUUGAUUCGAACAAUGUUCUCACGUUGCUCAGAGCCGCGUACAAAUACAACAAUAAAUUGGUCAAACAAUACUGUAUUGAACAUUUUAUUACUCAUGCUAAAGAAGUAAUGGAUCAACAUGAAUUAUGGAAAAAGUUUGCGGAAGAACAACAACCAAUCGUUGCUGAACUUCUACACUGGCAUGUCAAUCGAGACUUAUUCUAUUCUGAAAAACCUCAAUGGGACGCAAAUUCACGUUGGUAA